UCGCUGUGGAAGUUGGAGAAUGUCGUGUGUCAGUAUUAUAAUCAGUUCCUACGGCGAGCAGCUUUGUCGAAUGCACUAUUUAAAGUUAGUUUUUUCCGUUUUUGUUGCUUCGUUGUUUGAGGUUGUGUUGGACAGCUGCAGAGUUACAGUUACUAAGUUAGGCGGCGAGGUCGGAAACGUUGAAGUUUUACCUCACCCGGUGACCCGCCGGUGUCGCGGUCCACAUCGUGCUGGAACAACCAACCCGACUUAGUUUACACGUGUACACCUGCAAAAAUACGACAGUUUACACAGCGCACCUCUGAUAAAUUCGUCGUGCUACUCAUUUAAGGGCAGUAUUUUAUUGGGCUGUUCUCUUGUUCCUCCUUGUGAGCUGUUUGACUGCGGGCGCUCCUCACGUGCGCGCGUGUAAACAAGCAGACAUCUUGUCGCGAGACACCAGGCUCGCUCGCUCGCUCGCUCGCUUCCCGCGAAAGUGUGCGGCGGUGCGAUCGCGUGUCCUGACUGCGGCAAGUUUCCCGCUUUCAGUCUGGCGAAGUAAUGCGGACGUGCUGCUGAAGUUCGCCGGAGAUCGGGGACACGAUGAGGAGCCGCAGCAACUCGGGGGUGAAGCUUGACAACUACGUCCGGAUCGUCCAGCAGACGAUCCUGCGGCACCAGGACCCAGUGACAGGCCUGCUCCCAGCCAGCACGGACCAUCCCGAUGCGUGGGUACGGGACAAUGUGUACAGCAUCCUGGCUGUGUGGGCCCUCAGCCUGGCCUAUCGCAAGAACGCUGACCGAGAUGAAGACAAGGCCAAGGCCUACGAGCUGGAGCAGAGUGUUGUCAAACUCAUGCGAGGGAUCCUUCAAUGCGUGAUGAGACAGCUGGACAAAGUGGAACGGUUCAAGUACAGCAGAAAUACAAGUGACAGUCUCCACGCCAAGUACAACACACAGACUUGUGCUACAGUUGUGGGAGACAAUGACUGGGGCCACUUGCAAGUGGAUGCCACCUCACUAUACCUACUCUUCCUGGCACAGAUGACUGCUUCAGGCCUACAUAUUGUGUACACUCAAGAUGAAGUGGACGUGGUGCAGAAUCUCAUGUUCUACAUUGAAACUGCAUACAAAAUUGCUGACUAUGGCAUGUGGGAGCGAGGAGACAAAACAAAUCAGGGAAUUCCUGAGAUCAAUGCCAGCUCCAUAGGAAUUGCAAAGGCUGCCUUAGAAGCCUUGGAUGAGUUAAAUCUGUUUGGUGCCAAAGGAGGCCCAGGAUCAGUUGUGCAUGCCUUUGCUGAUGAUAUCCAGCACUGUCAGUCCAUCUUGAAUUCCAUGCUGCCAAGAGCAUCGACCUCCAAGGAAGUGGAUGCUGGACUCCUCUCCAUCAUCUCCUACCCAGCUUUUGCAGUGGAGGAUAUCAAUAUUGUCAACAUAACUAAGGAAGAGAUCAUCUCAAAGCUGCAGGGUCGCUAUGGAUGUUGCCGCUUCCUCAGAGAUGGUCACAAAACUCCAAAAGAGGACCCAAACAGACUGUACUACGAGUCAGCUGAGCUUAAGCUGUUUGAGAACAUUGAGUGUGAAUGGCCACUCUUCUGGACCUACCUCAUCCUGGAUGGGAUCUUUAUCAACAGUCCAGAACAAGUCCAGGAGUACCGGGAUGCCUUGGAAGGAAUCCUUAUUAAGGCGAAGGAUGGGAUUCGCCUGCUGCCAGAGCUUUACAGCGUGCCCCCUGACCGGGUGGAUGAAGAGUAUGUCAAUCCUCAUUCGGUGGACAGGAUUCCCAUGGGCAAGUGUCCUCUAAAGUGGGGGCAGUCCCUCUAUGUCCUGGGCAAUCUCCUGGCUGAGGGUUUUCUAGCCCCCGGUGAAAUUGACCCCUUAAACCGACGGUUUUCCACCAUCCCUAAACCUGAUGUGGAGGUACAAGUGUGCAUUCUGGCUGAGACAGAGGGGAUCAAGGAGCUGCUACAGAAACACGGAAUUGACGUAGAAACGGUUUCAGACAUCUACCCUAUUCGUGUCCAGCCCUCCAGAGUUCUGAGUCACAUCUACGCCAGAUUAGGACGCAACCAGAGACUGGGUCUGACUGGUAGGCCGUACCGCCGAAUUGGCGUGCUGGGAACCUCUAAGCUUUAUUUAAUCCGCAACAACAUCUUCUCCUUCACUCCCCAGUUCAUCGACCAUCAGCAGUUUUACCUGUCUCUGGAUAAUCGCAUGAUGGUGGAGUUACUCCGCACUGACCUUGCUUACCUAUCAUCCCGCUGGAGAAUGACUGGCCGACCCACAGUCACCUUCCCCAUCUCUCAGACCAUGCUGACGGAAGACCACUCAGACCUAGACCCUGCAGUGCUAGCUACCUUGAAGAAGCUCCAGGAUGGCUACUUUGGCGGAGCCAGGAUACAGACAGGGAAGUUGUCCGAGUUCUUGACCACUUCCUGCUUUGCUCACCUGAGCUUCAUGAAUGGUGGUAAGCAGAGUGCAGGUGCUGAGAGCGAUGAAGAGGAUGACACCUCCUGCUUGGCUGGAGGAGCUGUGCGUGACUUUCACUUUGAUGAUGAGACAGAUGACCUUUCUCAAUACCUGGACCAGCUGCUUACUUCUGCUGUACCCAAGUCAAGUGUGAAGUGCAAAGCAGUCACCAAGGGGGGUCUCGGGCGGUUCCGUGCAGCUGCCACCAAGACCCGUGAGAUGGUUUCCCUGGUGCACAAGGCUCAGGAGCUUAACAUCCACAAUGUGCACAUGUACCUCCCUACCAAGCUGUUCUGCACCCGCCAGCCUUCGCUGAACCUGAUGCAGAGUCCAGGGACUGUCAACAAUAUGGACCAACAUGUGGUGCCAUCUGAAUGUCACCUGCCUCGAGAUGCAUCUGGAUCCAUUGACUACCAUGCACUGGUACAGCUGCUAAAAGACAUGGACAGCCUACAGGACCAAGCAGACAUCCUUUAUAUCCUCUACAGAGACAAGGGCAUGGACUGGGACACCCAUCUGCAAGGCCAGGGCCCCACAGUGGGAGCCCUGAUGACAGACCUGUAUCAGCGAGCUGGUGACCUACGUCAGUGGGGUCUGGUGCGCAUGAUCUGCGGCAUGCUGAGAAAGAAGGUGGAGGAGCUGGACGAGGCCUGUUCCGAUUUGCUAGCCCAUCAGAAGCACCUCACUGUGGGGCUCCCCCCUGAACCUCGAGAGAAGACCAUUUCUGCCCCAAUGCCCCCAGACCAACUCGCCAAGCUGAUUGAUGAAGCCAGCGAGAACAACAUUACGGUCGCCAUCCUCACCCAGGAAAUUAUGGUUUUCCUAGCCAUGAUUAUUCGUACUCAGCCCAAGCUCUUUAGUGAGAUGUUCCGCCUUCGCAUCGGCCUCAUCAUCCAGGUCAUGGCCACAGAACUUGCUCAGUCCCUCAACUGUUCAGGAGAGGAGGCCACAGAAAGCCUUAUGAGCCUGAGCCCCUCAGAGCUAAAGGACCUCCUCCACCACAUCUUCAGUGGGAAGGAGUUUGGGGUCCAGAGGAGUGUGCGGUCCAUCGAGUCUGGUAUUAGCCCAGCUAUCUCCAUCCAUGAGAUGGGUAAUGUGGGGGCCACCAAGACUGAAAGGGCAGGCAUCACCAAGCUGAAGAGCAACAUAAAGAUGAUGGAUGCACGCAGGUCAUCCUGGUCGGACCAGAGUCAGACUUUGCCUCAACAUUCUUUUGACAUGGAGAACAUUGAGUAUGGGAAGUACAGGUUUCCAUUAGCGGAGUCCUUUGACGCAUCCCCCACCAUGCAGAUGCCCCGGGACAGCCGUCAAGGGCAGUGGCUGCGUCGGAGACGCCUAGAUGGUGCACUCAACAGGGUACCAGUGGGCUUCUACCAGAAGGUGUGGAAGAUCUUGCAGAAGUGCCAUGGACUUUCCAUUGAGGGGUUUGUCCUUCCAUCCUCAACCACACGUGAGAUGACCCCAGGUGAGAUUAAGUUUGCGGUGCACGUCGAGACUGUGUUGAACCGCGUUCCACAGCCUGAAUACCGGCAGCUCCUGGUGGAGGCCAUCUUGGUUCUGACCAUGUUGGCCGAUAUUGACAUACCAAGCAUUGGCAGUAUUGUCCAUGUGGAGAAGAUUGUCCACAUUGCCAAUGACAUGUUCUACAAGGACCAGAAAGACCUCGGGGCAGAAGAAAGCCUUCUCGAGAGAGAUCCCACCAACGGAAUCUGCAAGCUGCUCUAUGACAGCGCACCCAGUGGCCGCUUUGGCACCAUGACCUACCUCACCAGGGCUGUGGCCACCUACACCCAUGACUUCCUGCCUGUUGGGUCAUGUGCUGUGCAGUGAGCCAUGGCAAGCAGUCAGGUGGCCCCUGCCACACAAUAAUCUGUGUAAUCCAGUCAGACCUCGAACCCAGCCUGGGUUCUGUUAGGGGUCAAGGUUAUGGCUCCUUGUCCAGGCAGCUUCUCUAGCCUUAAAUAAGAAAUCAGUAUUGCGUGCAGCUGUAUUCUAUGAAAAUGUGUACUAGCAAUGGCAAUGAUACUUCACUUCCUGAUCACAACAGUAUGUUUAGUCAGAGUUAAAAUUACAAUAUGAAGUUUAUGCAUAUAUGAGUAGCUUGUACUGACUGUAAGUAAUUUGUAUUUACUUUCCUGUUUCUGCAAACAGAACUCACUGCGGGCCUUAUUUUAUUGUAAAUGUUAGUGUUUUAACCUCUGCAUUUUUCAACUAAUGUUACAGAUUGAAAAACGGUUCAGAAUUUUUUCACAGGAUACUGCAAGUUGAGUAAUCUUUUCUUUUAAAUAAGCUUAUGAUGAGAAUAUUCUUCAAAUAUAUAAUAUGUACAAACAUAUAAUGUAUUUGAAUAUUAUU